UAUUUGCGCCCCUAGUUCUUAUCCGUUUGAGGGGCAUAGUCGUGUAUUGUGGCCUAUUUUACGCCGGGUUGUGCUAUUUUGUCAUGUUUCAGGUCUCAGGUGUCAAAGGGAAGGCUAAGCGCGAGUUUCGGAGCAUUCGGAAGUCAUUUCGGUGAGCUGGAGCCAAAACACGGGCACACCUAAAUCAUUACACGGCCGUGUUCUGGUGGCCGUGUUUUUUAUGCCGAGAGCUGAGCUGAUUACACGGACAGGGCCAAAACAAAGCACGGGCGUGUUCCACCAAAGCACGGCCGUGUUUCUCCCAAUGCACUGGCCGUGUAAUUAACACUAGCCAAAGCACGGGCGGGCUGAAUCAUUACACGGCCGUGCCCUCGACCAUGCUUUGGCUGAUGCCUUUUUAAGCAGAUUUUCAGCCAAACAGAAGGGGAUUCGAGUUUUUGAGAGAGAGAUCAGUUCCUAGAGAGAGAAAGUGACGAGCAAGAGUUCCCAAGUGCCCUAGAUUGAUCUUCAACACCAUUGGAGGCCAGUUUGAGCUUGGAGAAGUGCCGAUCAACGUCCAGGAGCCGGAAUUCGUCCUUCGCAGUAUGAAUUCCGUGUCUGUUUCUGCUUUUGCUUUCUUCUCUAUGGAGUAGUUCUCCCAUUCAUCUGGGUAUGGAGAACCCUAGAUUUGUAUGUUAGGCUUUGAUUGUAUGAACCCAAGUACUGAUUCUAUGAUUUGAUUAUAUUCGAUUGAGGUUUGAAUGAUUGAAUGACUUGAUUCCUGAUCAAAUUCCUGUUGUUUCUGCUUUAACCUAGAAUGAGAAUAUCUGCCUAGGUUAAUAGAGUAUCCUUGAUUGAAGGUAGGGAGUUGGUGACUUUAGUCGAGGAGCCAACUCACUAUUCUGUACCGGAUUUACUCCGGUAGUGGAGGUUUUGUUCUUAGGGCCUCAAUCUGUCGACUCCGGUGGAGGUUAGUCGCCCGCUAGAGAGUCAGAUUGAGAGGGUCUGAAGACCUUUAGUCGAGACUUCAGGCUGUUUGAGAACCUUCCGCAGUAUAACUAUCAUAGAAACUGAACUUGGUAAUUACAAUCCGGCUUAACUGCAGUCUAGGGGGAACCAUAUCCGGGUGACCUCUUUAACCUGAAUACAACCAGUUUACUUGCUUUGUUUGUUUGGUAGUUUAGACUUGUACUCCAGUUUCAUUGCUAGAUAACAAGAAUUCACUGAGUAGUCAUCAAAUCUAGGACCCGGGUUGACAUAUAAACCUAACCCGCUAUACUACGCUUUAGGAAGUGGUUUCACUUGGCCAAUUCCUGGAGUGACAGUAGAGUCGAGUCAAGUUUUUGGCGCCGUUGCCGGGGACGGCUAGGUUGUUGAAGAAGAGUGAUUUAUGUUAAUUUAGCCUUUUUCUUUUUGCUUUGUUUUCUUUGUCCCACUUGUGCCUUCACGGGUUUGUUGCUUGAGUGUGUGCAGGUGGUGCAUGACCCGUAGCCAGUCGGGAGGUUUACUGCCGUUGAAUCCAGAGAUUGACCGCACCUGUCGCCAGCUCAGGAGACAACAGCGAGCUAGACUGGCUACGGAAGAGCGCAUAGACGGCCACGUGAGCAGUGAUUCUGAAGAAGAGCACAGGAUGGACGGAGAGUAUAAUCCGCACCAGGGGAAUCCUCAGCAGGUCCCCCCGGUGAAUCAGGUCCUGGGGAACAACCCCAUACCCCAGGACCAUGGAGUUCAUCAUCCACCGCAGCCGGGUCCCACCUUGGAGUACUACUACACUCCGCGGAUUGCUGACAUCCGCCCGGUCAUCCUCUACCCGCCUAUUCCAGCAAACAACUUUGAGAUCAAGCCAUGCUGGAUUCAGCUCAUCACAUCUUCUAUCCAGUUCCAUGGCUUGAAGAAUGAGGAGGCCAGGGUGCAUCUUUCCCGUUUUCUGCAGCUGACGAACGGGUUCAAGCUGAAUGGAGUCCCCGAUGAUGCGAUCCGCUUUCAUCUCUUCCCCCAUUCUCUGGCGGGGAAUGCUAAGAGGUGGUUGGAGACCCAGCCCCCAUUGUCCAUCACCUCUUGGGACGAUCUGGCUGACAAGUUUGUGCACAGGUACUAUCCGGCAUCGAAGACUACAGAGAUUCAGCGGGAGAUCACUCACUUCCGCCAGGAGCCAGAGGAGUCACUUCGUGAUGCUUGGGAGCGGUAUAUGGGCUAUUUCUGGCAGUGCCCCCAUCAUGGCUUCAGCGAUGCAUUCACAGUGGGGAACUUCUACAGUGCCCUUUCUCCAGAUAGCCAGAGGGUGAUUGAGUCUCUAUGCCCAGGAGGAGAUAUUCUCACUAAGACUCCACCCGAGUUGAACCAGAUGAUCAGUACUUUGGCUGCCAGAGAUCAUUCUUGGGGACAGGGUAGCCGAGGCAGACAGUCCCGGGACCGUGGUGUGCACGCCAUGGAGACCAGAUCCGGGCUCGAGCAGCAGGUAGCUGAGCUAGUGCAGACAUUGAAGCAACCCAACAGUCUGAUUCCGGGUAGAGGUUUGGCUACACCUCCAGUAGCUCAAUGUCAGUGGUGUGAGAGCUCCAAUCACCUAGUGGAGGACUGCCAGGCUAUGAGGGAGUCUACCACACCCCAGGAGCAGUUGGCUUUCAUCGCCAAUGCGCGGCGCCUCGAUCCAUACAGUAGCACAUAUAAUGAGGGGUGGCGCCAGCAUCCCAACUUCGCCUGGAGCAGCAACACCACUAAACCACCUGGUUUCCCAGCACCAGCAGGUGGUUUUCAGCAGAGGAAGCCCUUCCAGGCUCGCCAGGGGCCAGACCCACAGCAGCAGCCCUACCAGCCUAGGCAGGGCCAGCCAUUCCAGCAGCCCCAGCGCCAGUUUGCCGAGCCAGUAGCAGCUCCGGCCCCAGAUGACAGGAUGACGAAGCUGGAAAACAUUCUAGCUUCAUUCAUGACCAGCACCCAGGCUGCUAUCACAUCACUGGAGGCAGGUCAGCGGAACCAGGGUGCUAUUUUGCAGGAUCUGCAGACCCAGGUGGGCAUCUUGGCCCGCCAGAACACCACCAGGGCACCAGGGACUUUGCCUGCCACCACUGUUCCUAAUCCUCGAGAUCCUCACCAGCAUCAGCAGCUGGAUGCCAUUUUUACCAGGAGCGGUAAGGUCAUAUCUGCUGAUCCUGUCCCGGCCAGACAGGAGGAACCACUACCUGCUUCAGCACUUCCAGCCGACGAUGCAGAAGUGCGGGUGGAGAAGGAAGCCCCUGCUCCCAAGCCACAACCAGUGGUUAAGGAGCAUGUACCCCAGCUUCCCUUCCCCACUCGCCUACACAAGGACAAGCUGGAGACUGAGUUUGCCAAGUUCAUGGCAAUGUUGAAGCAGCUCAACAUCAGCACACCGUUCAUGGAGGCACUGUUGAAGAUGCCCAAGUAUGCCAAGUUCAUGAAAGAUAUCUGCACCAACAAGAGGAAACUUGGGGAUCUCUCGACAGUGAUGCUGAGCGAGGAGUGUUCUGCUAUCCUGCAGAACAAGCUGCCCGAGAAGCGCAAGGAUCCAGGGAGUUUUACUAUCCCUCUUACUAUUGGCAGCAUGCAUGUAGGAAAGUCCUUGGCGGACCUAGGCGCUAGCAUUAACGUCAUGCCAUAUAAGUUGUAUAAAAUGCUAGACCUAGGUGAACUUAGCCCUACUAGGAUGAGCAUUCAAUUAGUUGAUCGUUCUAUUGUGCAUCAUAGGGGAAUCAUAGAGGAUCUGCUUGUUGGUGUUGGUGCAUUCACAUAUCCUGUUGAUUUUGUUAUUCUUGAUAUACAUGAGGAUGUGGAUGUGCCUUUGAUUCUAGAUAGGCCAUUUCUUGCCACCGCCAAGGCACUAAUUGAUGUGCAUGAUGGUAAGUUGAUCUUGCGUGCUGGGGAUGAACAGGCUACUUUUUCUGUGACCGAGUUUGAUCACUGUGCUAUGAUUGAUGUCACGCCUGUGCAUGCUAUGUCUGAUCAGGUACACGAGUCUGUCGUGUACCCUUCUGCACCUCCUAUUUUGCAGGACCCUCCUCUCAUUCCUUCGCCGUCACUCCAUCCAGACUCGCCUCCGAACAAAAAGCUCAAGGAGGAGUGGCGGCCGAAGCAGCAGGUUGCUAAGCCUGCACGGAAGAAGAGUGGAGACCACUAUGAGCUGGUCCCACCUCCUACACCACGACCACCCUGGCCGUUUGGGUACUCGCUCGCCUGCAUCUUGCCAGAUGGGCAGGUCGAGCUGACUGAUGAUGGUGGUCGCAUCCGUCGGGUGCAUGGCCACAACCUGAAGCUGUACCUCAAGAGCGACGUGGAUCCGCUCUUGGAGGCACCUGUUCCUGCACCGCCCUGAGUAUCCACCAUGGGCGUCCAGCUAAUACGACGGUAAAGAAGCGCUUGUGGGGAGGCAACCCCACCAUGGUUUGAUUUUCUUUCUUGUGUUUUGAGUCGGAUUGUAACCCGGUUUGGGUUUGGUUUGUCUUCUUUUGGUUUGGAUGAUAUUUUAUUGGGCUGACCAUUGAACCUAACAUAUUGUGUUUGAGCUCUUCUGUUUCCCUUUGGCUGUGCUUGCCCCAACUGGCCCGUUUUCAGUCUCCUGCAGUCCGUGCAUACCGGUAACAUCUUUCCCUUUUCUUUCCCUCUUCUCCAUUGAGGGCAAUGUCGAUCUUAAGUGUGGGGGGGGGGGGUGUUUAUCUUUGACUGCAUUAGAUCUGUUUGUGUGCUUGGAGCCUAGUCCACUGUCCAAAUUUUUAAAUUUGAGGGCUCCAAGUACGUUUUUCCAUGCAAUUGCCUGCUCAGUAUGCUUUAAAUUGACAGUCUUUAUAGUAAUAUGCAACCUAGGGAGGUAGUGUAGCACUAUGGAGGAUGUUGAUGCAUUUAAGAAGUCUCAUUUCUUCUUCAUAUUGUGUUGGUUGAUUGAGUGAAUUAGUGAUCUUAGGACCCUUGAAUUGUGUGGUGUUGUGGAUUCUCUACCUGUCAUGGACUCUUGUAUCAUGUUUUGAGUUUAACAGGUGCUCGAAAAUGUGCUUCAAAAUAACGUCUCCCGUGCGAAUAGGGCGAAAGUGUGUAAGGGGAGACGGGAAUCCGUUCCCAAAUUCCACCUGCUACCUCCAGCCCCCUUGCAUGGCUUUCCCCCGCACGAGGCUCGAGACAUCCGCUCCUGGCAUGGCCGGUAAGAGCAGGUUGGGACCCUUGAAAAGAAAAGAAAGAAAAAAAAAUCAGAAAACAAGCAAAACAUAAAGAAAAAGGGGUUCCAACCAUCUUCAAGGACAAUAGAGCACCUUGAAAAAUGUGAGUUCAUGAUCUUUGUUUUUGAGAAUCUUUUCAUCCACAAUUCAUUUGUCCUCUGUUCACUGUUCGCCAUGAUGCCGACUCGCCGAAGAAGCUAUGAGAUGCUUGUGCGUCGGUUCACCUCGUAAGCUGCUAAAUGAUCUAGGAAGUCCUCUACCUACGAUCUAGGUUGUUUGUUGCUAUAGAGGUCUGGAGAGUUGCAUUGGUUUGAGUUAGGUUUGCUUGGGGACAAGCAAACGGUUAAGUGUGGGGGAGUUUGAUAACAAUGUAAUUGCACAUAUUUGCGCCCCUAGUUCUUAUCCGUUUGAGGGGCAUAGUCGUGUAUUGUGGCCUAUUUUACGCCGGGUUGUGCUAUUUUGUCAUGUUUCAGGUCCCAGGUGUCAAAGGGAAGGCUAAGCGCGAGUUUCGGGGCAUUCGGAAGUCAUUUCGGUGAGCUGGAGCCAAAACACGGGCACACCUAAAUCAUUACACGGCCGUGUUCUGGUGGCCGUGUUUUUUAUGCCGAGAGCUGAGCUGAUUACACGGACAGGGCCAAAACAAAGCACGGGCGUGUUCCACCAAAGCACGGCCGUGUUUCUCCCAAUGCACUAGCCAAAGCACGGGCGGGCUGAAUCAUUACACGGCCGUGCCCUCGAUCGUGCUUUGGCUGAUGCCUUUUUAAGCAGAUUUUCAGCCAAACAGAAGGGGAUUCGAGUUUUUGAGAGAGAGAUCAGUUCCUAGAGAGAGAAAGUGACGAGCAAGAGUUCCCAAGUGCCCUAGAUUGAUCUUCAACACCAUUGGAGGCCAGUUUGAGCUUGGAGAAGUGCCGAUCAACGUCCAGGAGCCGGAAUCCGUCCUUCGCAGUAUGAAUUCCGUGUCUGUUUCUGCUUUUGCUUUCUUCUCUAUGGAGUAGUUCUCCCAUUCAUCUGGGUAUGAAGAACCCUAGAUUUGUAUGUUAGGCUUUGAUUGUAUGAACCCAAGUACUGAUUCUAUGAUUUGAUUAUAUUCGAUUGAGGUUUGAAUGAUUGAAUGACUUGAUUCCUGAUCAAAUUCCUGUUGUUUCUGCUUUAACCUAGAAUGAGAAUAUCUGCCUAGGUUAAUAGAGUAUCCUUGAUUGAAGGUAGGGAGUUGGUGACUUUAGUCGAGGAGCCAACUCACUAUUCUGUACCGGAUUUACUCCGGUAGUGGAGGUUUUGUUCUUAGGGCCUCAAUCUGUCGACUCCGGUGGAGGUUAGUCACCCGCUAGAGAGUUAGAUUGAGAGGGUCUGAAGACCUUUAGUCGAGACUUCAGGCUGUUUAAGAACCUUCCGCAGUAUAACUAUCAUAGAAACUGAACUUGGUAAUUACAAUCCGGCUUAACUGCAGUCUAGGGGGAACCAUAUCCGGGUGACCUCUUUAACCUAAAUACAACCAGUUUACUUGCUUUGUUUGUUUGGUAGUUUAGACUUGCACUCUAGUUUCAUUGCUAGAUAACAAGAAUUCACUGAGUAGUCAUCAAAUCUAGGACCCGGGUUGACAUAUAAACCUAACCCGCUAUACUACGCUUUAGGAAGUGGUUUCACUUGGCCAAUUCCUGGAGUGACAGUAGAGUCGAGUCAAGGGGCACGUUUGUUAUUUUUAUUAUACAAAAUUAGCAGGCACACGCAUGCGGACCAAUUUGUCAAUUAGGAGGCACAUGCAAGAGAUAAUAAUUUUAGGUACUAAAAUGUAAUCUUUCAUCAUAUUUUUAGGACUUAUAUGUACAAAAUUUUAAUUUUAGGUACUGAAUCUCAAAAUCUAUUAAGUGUAGGUAUCAAACUGUAAUUUACAUAUGAAACUACAAGUUUCUCAAAACAUGCCACAAGUUCCUCGAAACACACCAUAAACCUCAUAAAGCAUACAAUAAAUU